AUGCAUGGCAACCAAUUAUUGCCAGAAGACUUAAUUCAAAAAAUAUCAGGACAUUUUGAUUCUAAACGUAUUGAUGAAUCUUAUCCAGUGCAGGCUUCAAAUUUUCGCUUUCAUGAUAAAAAAAGUCUUUUAGAGUGGAUAACCUCACCAGAGCUUCCAUUAAAGCUUUAUGUAUGUGAUUUGAUCCAAGACAAUUCAUUACAAUAUGGCGUAAUUUUACAGCGUUCAAAACCAGGGCGAGCUAAGAAAGCUGCAUUUAAAUUUUUAAAGGAACCUAAAAUAACACAAAUAAAUAAAAUUACUAUCAUCUUAACGCAACCUAAAACACGUCAAGAAUCUUAUUUAUUAGAGAAUGGUAUUAUUUUAAAGGAAAAAGAUGGAUUAGAACUUGAUAAAAUCCCUUUUACUGAGCAUAAUCCAAUACUUAAUGUUCCUUUGGAGGAUUUUAAAAACUCUAAAAAGCAAUUUUCGAAUGCAAUUUAUUGCCAAAUAAUUUUUCAUACUGUAAAAAUUUCCUUUGACCUAUCGGACAUCGAAUAUUUACAAGAUUUUUUAAAUACAGUUAAUUCAAAACUUCAAGGUCAUGAACCAUCUAAAAAUCUUUGCAAGUUAUUUGGUGAUGAUUAUGGGCAAUUGUUACCAAGAACUUUUACUUUAGGCGGA